UAUCGACAUGGCGGAUGUGUUGCGACGCCCUGUCGAGUACGGACUACGGUCUUGUUGCGUUCUGUAUCGUUGUCACGUCUUGUACCGACCGCGAAGUCAUAUACUCUAACUUGAAAAUAACUUACAAGACUUCAUUAAGUCGGGCCUUUGAUGUGUGUUUUUUCUCAAAACGGCUACAACGACAGCAAGUGAUAGCCGUUCUUUGUCGAAGUCGGCGACCGAUUCGAUACAUUAUUAUUUUUGCGAUCACAUUGGAAACGACGACAUAUUCAACUGACGUUGCGGCGAAUCCGUUUUGCAACAAUCCGCCAAAGAAAUCUGAACGGAACUAAUAUUGAAAGAAACAAAUAUCAGGCUGUCGAUGAUUCCGGCAAAAUGGUCAACGAUGAUGAUAUAACGUACGAACAAUUAAACUUAACUGACGAGGAAAACAUGCUCGACGGUCAGAUAGAGAGUGAAUACGAAGCAGUAACAAUCGACGAACAAGAUGUAAACAAUAUUGAGGAGUACGAAGAGAGUGAAAUACAAGAAGUUUAUGACACAGACAUCGGACAAUCUGAUAGCAAUUGGCGGCACAAUGAGGUGCGAUAUUUAAUUUAUUGCUGGUGUCAGAUAAGAGAGCAGUUUUCGAAUUGUCCGGAAAACAAGAAGAAAGCCUUGUGGCAAGCUCUUUCGGAACGCAUGUUGGAACGAGGAUAUUUUUACGACGCUCAAUCAUGUGAAAACAAAUGGCGUUAUCUGAAAAAAAUUUAUUUGUACAAUAAAACACGCCUUCCUAAACAAGGCUCUCCCAAAUGCACAUGGGAGCAUUACGACGAUAUGGACAGAGCCAUCAAAGGCAUUCCGCUGGAACCUUCUGACGUUGAAGAUGACGAUCUCGGGGAAUGUAGUGUCGACGAUAAUUGCAUUAGUGCUGCUGCUGCUGCUCCUGAGGAGUCUAAUUCUAUCGGCAUCAAGGAUAGCGACAAAUGUUAUUGGUCGACAGAGUCUACUAAAGCGUUGAUACAGUUGUACGGCAAAGACAAAACAAAGUUUGCGUCGGCCAAUCAAGGCGACAAACAUUUAUUGUGGGAAGAAAUUGCGCAUCAAUUGGUCCAAUUGGGAUAUCGGUACGCGGCCAAUUCGUGCAAUGACAAAUGGCGCAACUUGAAAAUGUCGUACAAAAAAAAUAAACUCAGGGCACUAAAAUAUGGAGCACAACACGUGAAAUGGUACUAUUACAAGGACAUGGACAGUGUGUUGAAGGACGAUCCGCAAGAAACAUCUAAAAUGAACGAUAUCAUCAUGAUUUCCAUGUCCGGUGAUAACGAAUUCGUGGAGUUGAAGAAAGAAGACGGAUUUGAAGAUGAAGACGUGGACUUUCAAACACCAGAAAUCGACAGUAUCGAAAACAUUGAGGGCGAACCAUCUUCAGAAGUCUGGACCGAAGCAGCCACCAAACAAUUGAUUCAACUGUGGGGUAUGUACCGUUCGCGGUUCUUGAUAGCAGCUCAGGGUAAAAAACAACUGUUGUGGAAUGAAAUCAGCGAAGCGCUACAACAACGCGGUCACAACUAUUCCGGGACGGUUUGCGAUCGUAAAUGGCGCCUUUUGAAAGCCAACUAUUUAAAAAGAAAAGAAAAGUACAAAAAGUUUGGAGUGCACAAAAUCAAAUGGCAGUAUUAUCAAGACAUGGAUCGAUUGCUGCGUUUGCCCAGUGAAAGCGUUGCGUGGACUAUGGAUUCGACGGUGUGCUUGAUCGAAAGCUUCGACCGUCAUAAAGACAAAUUCAUGAAAGCGGCAACUGGCGAGAAGCUUUUGAUUUGGCGGGACAUAGCCAACGAAAUGAUGCAGAACGGUUACAGUUACACUCCGAGGGCUUGCGACAACAAAUGGCGUACGUUGAAAAACCGGUACAAUAAAAACCGAAUGCGCGUUGAGAAGAAGAAAAAAGUCGUCUGGAUAUAUUACGACAUAAUCGAUUCUAUAGUAAGAGAAUUAAACAAAGACACUAAGAAAAUUGCCACCAAAGAUGAUAGCAGACAAUGCGGUAGCAGUGUAAACAGUCAUACACUAGACGGCCGUGAUCUGGACGAACACGACUAUAACGUACAGAGUUCAAAACAAGAGCCAGUCGUUAGGGUCGAUGUCAUUUCAGAAAUCAAAGAGAUGUUCCAAAGGAGAAACACAGAAUUUGAUCAAAGGUUAAAGCAAAUGGAGGACAACUUGACGAGCAGAGAAAAAGUGUUUGAAAAUCUUCAAUAUCAGACUUUGGAAGCUUUGAAAAAAUCAAAUGAAUUGGAAACACAAAAAUUAAAAUUACUACAACAGCUCGUUUCGAGAUUGCCCGUUUGAAAACAAAACAAUGUUUAUGAAACAUUUUUGUUUUUAUAUAGCAAUGGUUAAAAAUAUUUUACCACAGAAAUUGACUGAGUAACAUAUAAUUGUUUUUUUCAUACUAUUAUGAUACAUUUUGUUAAUUAUACAUAAAAAACGCAAGUUUAACUUAAGCGUUUGCAAAUGUCUUGUCUUUUUUUAAUACUGAUCUCGUCGUAAUAAUCGCAAUUGAAUGAACAACACUCGUACGGUUCACUUUCGAUGUCGUCAUCGUUACCCAAGCAAAUGUUGUGCAGACAACAAGCUGCAAAUAUUAGUAUGGCAAAUUUCUCUUGGCCCCAUAAAUCCAAACACCUGAAAUAAUCACGUUACAUAAAUUAUGUUACAUUAAAUAUGACAUUUCAAACUUGAAUACAAGUAAGGCACA